AUGCCUGGCUCUCUGUCUCUCUUCUCCGUCAAUGCCGUCCUCCUAAUGUCGGCCGACGAUGGCUCUCGCAUCUUCGCCAAAUACUAUUCUCCGCCUCACCCCCCGGCCGGUGCUGCCCCCAAUUCCACCGAUUACCCUGGCGCAAACCCCUAUCCCACGCUCAAAGAACAGAAGGCCUUCGAACAGGGCCUCCUUGAGAAGACAAACAAGCAGACCAGCGAUGUGAUCCUAUACGACAACCGGAUCGUUGUCUUCAAGAUGGAGAGCGAUGUCAUGCUCUAUGUUGUUGGAGGCGCUGAGGAGAACGAAGUCCUGCUUUAUAAUGUCGUGCUGUCGUUGAGGGAUGCUUUGGGUAUCUUGUUCAAGGGUGCUACUGACAAGCGUACGAUUGUCGAGAACUAUGACCUUGUUGCGUUGGCUAUCGAUGAGAUCAUUGAUGAUGGUAUCAUUCUCGAGACGGACCCUGUUCUUAUCUCCUCGCGUGUGAGCCGUGCCCCCCAGGCCGAUGCGCCAAACCUGAAGAGCAUCGAUCUGUCCGAACAAGGCCUGCUUAAUGCCUGGGAGCUUGGAAAGCGGCGCUUGGCCGAAGGCUUGCGGCAGAUGUAG